AUGCAAUAUGUCUUUAUUUUCUUGUCUUCCACAGAUGGAUACGAUAAGGACCCGUGUUCUAAUUACCGCACCCUGCGUGGUGCUGAUCGUGCGGCGGGAUUCGACAAGCUGACAAAGAAAUCAGAUAAACGCAAAACAUGGAAAGAGGAUUGGUACCGAUUCACUGGGGAUGCAGGAAACAAAAUGGCCACUAUGUAAGUUCUUUUUUUUGUGAUAAGUCAGUAUUGUGAAUUUAUCUUCAGUGACGCAGUGUAACUGACAUUCAACCCCCCCUCUCCCCCCUCCCCGAGGAAGAGAAACAAAUUUGUGUUCACUACCCACUACCCAAGGUUCUAAAAAACGUUCAAAUCGUCGUGAGGAAUGAUUUCUCGGGGGUGGUGGAGGGAACUCCAUUCUCCUUCAUGUCGAUAGAUUACAUCAUUCUUGUCAUCGUUGUCGACGAGUCAUCAUUGUACGGUAGUCAGUUAUUGCGGCAGGAAUGGCGUCAUAAUUCUAAAACAAACCAAUCAGGGGCAAGAAAAAUCGAGAAUGCGCAGUAAUGCCAGUUUGCUUGUAAUUUUUUGGUUUGCAUUAUUAUAAAUGUCCUAAUUAGCCAUGUAGUCGGUCAUGAUAUUUACUUUACAUGUUAUGUUCAAAAAUAAGCAUGAAUUCCGAGCCUGUAAUGUUUUUUGCUUCUCUGUGCCGAGACAUAAGCUGAGACUGAAUUAAUAAACCGUCUCAAUCUUAGUGACCAAAAUGGAGGUGGCUGCUUGAAGUCUCCUGCAUGUGGGGCCAUGUUUCCUGCCUAUCUUCUCAAGCCACACCCUGUUAACUUGAAGCCUGGGGAAAGUGCCCAAGCCACGGUUUGCUAUACAACUGGAAAGACUUGCUGCGCAAAGACUCAAGAAAUAGUGAUCAAGAAAUGUUCAGGUUUCUUUAUCUACAAACUUCCUCCUGCCUGCCUCAAACGAGGAAGAUAUUGUGGGGAUAAAGGUGAGUCAAACUAGGUACGGAUUGCAACAAGAGGACGCAAGUAAAAGCUUCUAUUCUUUGACCAUUUUCAUAAAAUGUGUUGCUGAGCUAUUUGCUAAGCUACUGGGACACAAGAAAAUUGAAACUUCAAUGAGUUAAAAAGGAACAGAUUAUCCUCAUCUAUCACCGAGAGGAAGGAGGUAAUCUUCCACCGUAUUCAGAUUUGUUGGGCGGGCGAGGGAUUGUUGGGGGGGGGGGAUUAAGGGCUUGGGUAAGUGUCUGUUUGAUUAAGGCUCCGCUUAUAUUCCUUUUGUUUUAUAACAGAAAAAAAGGAACCGGAGUGUGAUGGGAUGAAACUGUUGUAUGGUAUGUUUUUGAUUACGUGUUUCUUUGUCUUUGUUUUUCAUUUUGAGUUGUUUGAUUCGUUCGCUUGGCAUGAGAUCAGUAUUAUUAGUGGGGAGUUAGGGUACUGUCCUUUCCAUCAAUUAGACUUUGAAUUAAUUCUAAGUAAUAGACUGAUAGAGAACUUAUGCCGUGUUUACAUUGCCUCAUCUAAACAAGAAAGGGGGGGGCCGAAACCCGGGAAUUCUACCCAUUGCAAUCGCAAUCUCCAAAGAUGUGGAUUUACUCCAUAGUUACUGCGCAGUAAAUUCACGUUUCUUGCACAUUUUUUCGUUUUUGCUUGCACUCCCUCGACAAGGGAGGCAAAGCAGUGAAUUUCGUCCAUCUUUUUCUCCUCUUUUUCUCUUCGGGUUCAGGGGGAAAGAGUUAGCCAAACUCCAAAGCAAAAUUUGGAAAAGUUUUCUCCAUUUCUAAUAUUUGUUAUUUGUGCUUGAAAUUACUUUACGAGCGUUGCAAAUGCUUUGAGCUUUAAAUGCUUUCAAAUUGAGCCGGGAAACACAAAAAGCGUGACGUCACAACCGUGUUUACACCAAUUAACCAAUGAAAGCGGGUUCACUGUCUCAGUCAUAUUAUAAUAUGUGUUUCUCUACAGGCCUGAUCAAAAAAUACCCAGGAAAGUCAUGUAAAGAUAUUAAAGAAAAGCGAAAAGAUGCAGCUUCCGGUGUGUACUGGAUUAAACCUGGAGGAGGCCAAACAGUACAGGCCUACUGCGACCAAGAAACGGAUGGCGGAGGCUGGACUCUAGUGUAUAGCUACACAUUUACAAACUACAGGUUGUUAUUUCUCCCUCUAUUUAUUCAUCAUCCUACUUGUUUAGUUGUCUGCGUAUUUAUUUGUUCAUUUACUGAACAAUCUUUACAUUUUUCAAAAGGGCAUUCAGACAUGGUUCAAAUGCGAUUACACCACGUCCCAACUGGCCUAUAUCCCAUCACGUUGGGAAUGUCUACCAGUCAACUACCCCCCCUGUAAGUGAGACUGACUACAACGCCAUGGAAUUUAACCUGUGGAAGUCUCUUGGCAGUGAGUUCAUGGUGAAAUCCAACAUCAAUCACUGGAUCGCUUGUAAAGAAGGAACCGGAAGUCUGGUGGAAUUCAAACCUGGAAGUGUUUUAUGCCGCAUUAUAAAGAACGUGGCUUCUAAAUGUCAUAACUACGUUCCCGACCAACUCAUUCUUCAUGCUGCUGGAAAUCCUGCAGGUUCUACUCUGGGACCGGAUCUGAUACGAUCUCAAAGUAGCUCAUGGUUAAAGGAGUAUUACUAUUUCGAGUCUAACACACGCACAGGGAACUGGCCUACCCAUGAUCCUUGUGGCACGAACAGUCUGAACCACCUCACCAACGUCAACAACCCUCAUGGAAACAUCUACAUCCGGUAA